AAAGUUCCACGUGGCGUGGCUGAAGAGAGAACGGAUCUAUCGCUUACUAUUUCUAGAAAUAACGUCGCUUCGCGCCUAUUCUGGUCAGCGUAGGAGAAACUUCUGCGACGACACGUUCUACGGUCGAUAAUGUAGUGUUAAUUGACAAAAGCGAUGGCAGCAACAAGAGCCUGGAUGGGACACUGUGCAUCAGUGGCCACCAUCUCAUUUUGUCUUCUAGACAAAACGAUGGUCAGGAACUCUGGCUGAUGAACCGGAACAUUGAUGUUGUGGAGAAGAGGUUGAAUACUCAGAGCACUGGUGGUAGCAUAAUACUGAAGUGUAAAGACUUUCAGGUCCUUCAGUUUGACAUUAAUUCCACCAAUGACUUAACUAAUGCUGUAUUAUCCAUCGAAAAGCUGAUAUCGCUUGAUCAGACUCUACAAUACCCGUUCUUCUUUCGACCACAGGCCACCAACAACACCAUGGUGCAAAUAGAGGAUGGGUGGACGGCGUUCGCGCCUGUCUCCGAGUGGUCUAUAUUAUUGGCGACACAUGCAGACGAAUGGCGUAUCAGUUACUUAAACAGAGAUUACAAAGUUUGCAACUCGUAUCCGUCGGCGCUUAUAGUGCCGCGUCAGAUAGACGACAAAGUUAUAAUAGCUUCCGCUAUCUUCAGAGACGGUGGCAGGUUCCCCGUUUUAUGCUACAGAUACGAGGGCGGGAGCAUACUGUUGAGGAGCAGCCAGCCAUUGUGUGGUGCUACUGGUAAAAGGUGCAAAGAAGACGAGAGACUGUUGAAUGCGGUUCUAGGACCCGGAAGACGUGGGUACAUAGUGGACACCAGAUCGGUUAAUCAGACGAUAAGUGCCAAGGCCCGGGGCGGAGGCACGGAGAUGGACACGGCUUACCCGCAGUGGCGUAAAGUACACAAGUCGAUUCCACGGCCGCACGAUUUGGCAGACAGUUUCUUCAAGUUGAUAGAGGCUUGCAGCGACAUAAGUAGCUCCACUUCGCAAUGGCUGUCGAGACUGGACAACAGCGGCUGGCUGUCCGCUGUGCAAAGCGCUCUAGAUGCCGCCUGCGUUACCGCACAAUGCUUGCAUCAAGAAGUCGCGGCUGUGUUAGUGCACGGCGGUGCAGGCAGGGAUUCUACAUUAGUGGUAACCAGUUUGGCCCAAGCGAUAUUGAAUCCCGAUUGCCGGACGGUACGGGGGCUUCAGGCGCUCAUAGAACGCGAGUGGCUUCAAGCGGGUCAUCAGUUUUUCAGUCGGACUCGUUCCGGGGCGUAUCAGCCGUCGCACUCGCAGAAUCCGACGCACGCUCCGACUUUCCUUCUCUUCCUGGACUGUCUGUAUCAGCUACAUCACCAAUUUCAAUUUAGCUUCGAGUACACGGUGAAUCUGCUCAUCGAAUUGUACAAGCACGCCUAUUCCUCGAACUACGGUACAUUCUUAGGCGAUUCGGAAGCAGAGAGAAUCAAAUUACGGUUGUCUGAACGAACGUACAGUUUGUGGUCGUAUAUGAACCAGCCAGACAUCCUGGAGCAAUGGAUAAACCCCUUGUACGAGCCAAAUCCAGGAGUGAUUUGGCCGAGCGUCGCACCCGUCAGUAUACAGCUGUGGCGAGAACUCUACCUCGUGCAUACAAGCGCCGCUCCGUGGAACGGCUUGCUCGUCUAUGCUAAGCAGAUCAAGCAAAAUCACACGGCGGUACGCAAAGUGGCCGGACAGCUGCAGGCUCAAAUUAAACAAGCCUUGGAAGAAAUUCGAUCGAAUCCGGACAUGUCGCAGGAUGCGGACGCUCAAGAAGAGGAGGAACAUGAAGAAGAAGGUGGCUAUCCGUGUAUAGCGCAAUUGAGUCUGGGCUCGCAGAGCACUUGAUACAGAUUUUAGCAACUGAAGGAGAACUAUUGAAUUUGAUCUCGUCGAUGCGUCUUCGAUCACGAUACCAAGCGUGCGCUUGUGAAGAUCGGUGGUUUUCGCGAACCUCAUUUUUAUCUGCCAUGAAGCACGCGCGUUAGAUUCCUAAUGUAAUAAUCUUGAUAUCUCUGUGAUUAAGGCUUCUGAUUCCUUGCCGCGACCGACUUAUGCUGUCUCUUAUCUUGUUUUAUGUUGUCCGAAAUAAGGAAAUACGUUAAGAAUUUUUGCACAUAAUUUUUGCAAAUAUGUUAAAAUAGAAUAAUAUAUUUACAAAAUGAUGCAACCGAUCGAACAGACCUUAAAAUAAUCCGAAUGUUUUCUUUUUACGCUUCAACAAUCAAUAAAAGGUAAAUCAAUAAAUCGUAAAAUUAACGCGACAUAAUCAUGAGAAAAAAUAGAUUAAAAAGGAAGGUUAGAUAUCAUUUAUUUCACGAUUAUUUAUUGAUUGUUCCGAUAAAAGGAAAGUGUUCGGACUAUUUUACAAAUCCGCUCAAUCGGAAUUGCGUCAUUUUAUAUAUAUGUGUGUGGAUACAUUUUUUAUUCCAACAUUUUGCAAGAAUUUUGCAAGAAUUUAGUGUGUAUUUUUUCGCAACUGACGUCAUCAAUCACGGGUUCCGCGGCGAGGAACCAAAAGCCUUAAGGUCCGCUUGUACCAACAGAGUUGUGAGCUAAUAGUUAAGUCGUACGUCUGUUUUGUUUAUUUUGAAAGGAAGAUAAAGACCCAGACAGCACAAGGUCUCCUGAGGACGAAGAAAUGUCCUCAGGACUUCCUCAGGAUGUCCUCUGGAUAUCCCCUGGACAUCCGUGCUAUUAGGGGAUGGACAUAUAAUUUAACUAUUAGCUUACCACUCUGCUGGUGUAAUCGAGCCUAAAACUUCUAUAGUCACGGAGCAGAUUAUUUGUAUUGAUAUAUAUUUGAAUACUUUAUAUGUAUGUGUGUGUGCGUGUGUGGGAAGGGAAAUAUCUUUGUCAAAUUCGUCUUGCACGGUUUCAUGUUGAAAGCAUCGUUUUAUCUUCUUUCGAUAUAUAAUGAACAAUAAAGAUAGAGUAAUGCUUUCAGUACGAAAGUGUGCAAGAUGAACUCAGUUUUUGUUUAGUCAGUCCAACUAUAUACAUCACAUGAACUCCCUUCGUCUAAAUAGUAAAACAUCAAGAUGUUAAACGAUUCAAACGAUUCAGAUGAGAUAUGAAUUGUGAUAUUUUUUAUUUCACAGUUGGUACAUGACUUGUACAUUCAACGUAGUCAGCACAGGCGUAUAUAUAUAUAUAUAUAUAUAUAUAUAUAUAUAUAUAUAUAUAUAUAUAUAUAUAU